AUGUUUCAUUGUAUGCAUAAAAUAACUAUUUCCUGAUAUAAAGCCAGGAUUUAUUCUAGAUGAUUAUUAGUCUUAUUACAGCACAGCAAAAUGUUUCUACUAAUAUUUUUCCUGUUUGGAAUAGUGCAUGUACGUGUGUCAGCAAACCCACAAGGUCCUGUUCCAACAAGCGACGAAGUUGAAUGCCCGGUAUGUAGUCACUUAAGUUUUGAGUUAAGGUAUAUGCCGACACAAUACAGGAGGAUUUUCGAACAAGUACUAACAAACGAUGCCCUUGGCCUGCAAAACCAGGCUUGUGAAGCAAACACUGUUGAACCAACAGCGUGCGAGACACCGACGUUCCCUGCAUGGAUGGAAAAUAAAUGUUUCACUCGAAGAGUGACCAUGUAUGCAGUUGGAAUAACCAACUUAGUUCCAGCUGCUGAAAUGGACAUAACGCUGUUGGUUAAGGGUUGUCAUGUCCAGUGGAUUGGCGAGGAGGGCGGCUGUACCAAUUUCGAGGACCUAGACGCAGAAACACAAGCGCGCCUCAAGCAGCAACUUGCACCGCUUCGAAACAGCUGGGACGACGCAACAUACUCCGGUUUUGUCUGCAUCGAUUCAGCAUAACGCGUCACAAACAAUUAAAGCCAUAACAAGACAUAUUCUAUCAUUUCUUUUUGUUUCGUUCUUUUACGGCAAUGUGAUGCAUUCGGGAAAUACAUACGCUUUUUUCUCGUUGGUAUUAAAGUUUAUAUAUAUUACAUUAAUAAAAUUGUUAAAUACUGAUUGAUGCGGCAGGAAUUCUACUCUGGAGCAAAUAUAUUUAUACUUUUUAAGUCAACAGCAAUAAGGUUUAUAGUCAGAAACGUCUUUCAAAUUUACAAACGAUCAGCUGUUAAGGAUUAAAUGUUUUGUAUCCAUUGGCGAAUAUUUAUACUUUCUCGCGUGGUUUCACAUGUAUAACGAAAAGUAGAUUUCAGUAAAACUUUUGCAUUAUUACAAAGUGAAAUUUUCCACCUAAUUAUUAAAUAAAAGUUCAGGAAUGACCAA